AUGGACCGUGGUCUCUUCAAGCGCGCCGUGGCGGAUAGCGAGGAUCCGACCCCCGGCUACAUGUAUCACGAGAUGGCGCAGUGGACACACAAGGACUACGAGACGCAAAUGAAAGUUAUUGACGCCCUCUUUGAUAAACUGCGGCCACAGGCAAGCGUGCAUGUGCUGUACAAGGUGCUGCGCAUCAUAAAGGCAUUGUGCGAGAUGGGGCACUCCGACUUCCAGCGAGCGGUCCAAAAAAACACAUACAUCGAAGUCAUUAAGACGUUUGCAGCCUACCGAGGAAAGCCUGAUGCAAAGCACGGCGACAGCCUCAAUGAAAAGGUUCGUCGGGCUGCGAAAGAGGCCAUGGAAGCCGCCUUUCUGCACCGCAGGGAGGAUCGGCUAAUCCUCGAGCAGGGCUACGGAGGCGGCGGGGACACGGCGAUGGGCCACACAUCCCUCGCAACGGCUAAUUUGGCGACGGCAACGAUGCUAGGAGGAUCCAUCGGUGUGCACAGCAGCAAUAUUGCGCCGAUGCCCAUGACGAAUAAGUGGGCAGAACACAUGGCAAACGAGGUUGCGGCUAACAAUAGGAGCAAAACGAGCCGCGUGCUCUUGUCGUUGGCGGAGAAGGCGAAGAGUGGAUUUGCUCUCUUGCAUAAGGCAGAACCGAACACUGGCUACAAAAGUGCCAAGGAUCAGUUGUACGAAAGUGCUUUGAAGCUGAGUACCACUGGCACUUCCAUGGCGUGCUCCUCGGAGCUGGAUACAGGCAGCUUUCAGCGAGUUGAAGUGGGCAUCAGUGAUUCUGCUCCCCUUCCCGGGGAAACGGCGGGCAAUGGGUUUAAAUUUACUGAUGAUGUAGAAAAGGUGGAGAGCAACACCACAACGCGUGAGGCGUACGGCGGAACUUCGCACCACCAGCUGCAGCUCACACCGCUUCAAUCAACUGUGCAACGACUCUGUCAAAUGAAAAGUACGCCCCAACGGGUGGAGCUGCACGCCUUCGUAGAGCGAUGCCGUAAGUUAGGCGCUGAGGCGAUGCAGGGGGAGAGCGUACAGGAGGGGAAGGAUGAUCCGGAGGAAUCCUGGGAGGAGCUUGCGGAGGCGCUGGACUCACAGCUUGCACAGAAGCAUCCGUGGCAGCGGCGGCUGAACGCGCUUGUGGCGCUGGAGGCACUUCUGCGCCCGCACUUUGGCGAGGCGGGGUCGGCAGCCACAAUGCGGCAAGUAGUUAUGCGGUACUUUCUUGAAAAUCCGGAGGAUGUGCAGCGAAACGUUUUUGUUGUGCAGGCAACCUUGCGUGAGUGUGCACAGCGUGUGGUGAGGCUUCUUGGCCUGCCGGAGAGUGACGUGGCAGGCAACACGUUUGUUGCCUCAGCCCCUGCCGCCACUUCUGCCCUCUCGCCGGCGACGAAGGCAGAGCCAUUGCAGGCUGCGGGGAAUGCGAUGCAGGCCUUUUUCUGGGCGGCGCCGAUUCCCAGCAUGGAGGUGACGGGAGACGAUGGCCAGAGCAGAAACGGAGAGAGGGCGAAUAUGAGCGGGAUGUCUCUCCGUGUCAAGCACCGCGGCGCAAAAGACAAGACUACGCUGAAGAGGCGUGCGCCAAUGCCCCUUCACGAGGCGCCCCAGGGGAACACGGAUAGAACGCAUGAUGGCGGCGAGAGCCACGCCAGCGGCGUUGUCCAAGCGUCCUCCUCGUUUGGCUUCUUGACCGCCCCGCUCGUGAGGAGCAGCGGCGGCGAGGACAGUAGGCAGGCCGGAAUGGGAAACCUGCUGGAUGACCUUUUUGGCGCACCCUCCACAGAGAGCUCCGCGCCGGUUUUGGGUCCCUCCACGGCAGCCACAACACCCCACGCCUCCACCGCUGCUGGCGGCGUGGACACUCAGAACGGCAAUGUCGCCGCGUUUGACUUCCUCCUGUCGGAUGAGACGUGGGAAGGGGGGCAGUUCACAAGCCCACCGCAACGGCAAGCAGGCGAAGAGCCCUCCUCCGCAUUUGUGCCCAAGCAAGAGGCUUUCACAACUCGUGUGACCUCAACCUCGGCACUGCGACCUCAGCCACCGUUGUUUGACGCGGCAUUGGCCGCCGACGAAAACGGAAUAAGGCACGAAGAAAGCCGUGGUGCGGCUUCAGAUUGUGGUAUUUCUUUUCUUUCCACCUCCUCCUCCUCGUCGGCGCUGGCUGUGCGCAAUUCUUUACCCACAAUGUUGUUGGAAAUGCAGCAGCAAUUGGAGACCCUUAUGUCUAGCGUGCAAAACAGGUCAAGCCCAGACAGGCUGGCCCAACUUCAAGGUUUCCUGGAGCAACAGCAGCAGCUCAUGGCACUAUUGUCCAGGCAGCAGCAGCAGCAGCAGCAACAACAACAAAACAUGCAGGAAGCAUGGGUUGCGUCGUCCGCGGUUCGUGGGUUCGCCUCCAACGUGGAAUCAGUUCCUUUCCACUCACACUUUGCGAUGAGUGCAGGCCCUUCUUCUAACUCCACAACGGCGUCGAACACGUUUGCACAAAUACAGGAGGAGAUGCUGGCCCAGUUGUCGGCGCCAAGCUCCCAACGGUAG